CCGCAGGUGCCCCUCACCACCCUCACAGAGACUGCCGUUUCCGGCCUGCACCCCAACACUCCGGGCCCCGUCACCUACCAGGCCAGACCAGCGAGGCGAGGGCGCCGGGAAGCCAGGGUCUCUCAUCUCUGCCCCCGACCCGGACGGGGCUCUUCUGACAGCCGCCUGAGAUCCAGGCUGGGGCCUGGGUCUGUCCUUGCCCGAGACCCAUGCCGGACCCCAUGCCAGACUCCCUCACGGGCGGCCAGGCCCCGCAGCCCGCUCAGGACACGGUCGGGCUGGUGGACCAGAGUCUGAAAAAUGCAGGGGCCUCCGGUUCUGCCCCCGUCUUGGAAGAAGAGGGCACAGACCCCUGGGCCCUCCCACAGCUGAAGGGCACUGGCCAGUCCUGGAGAGAGCUCAGCGUGGCCGGCAGGGUGAGGCGGGUGGCCAUCGGCUUCCUGAAGACUUGCGGGCUCCUGGGCUGCCUCUACCUCUUCAUCUGCUCCCUAGACAUCCUGAGCUCUGCCUUCCAGCUGGUGGGCAGCAAGGUGGCCGGGGACCUCUUCAAGGAUAACGUGGUGCUGUCCAACCCUGUGGCCGGCCUGGUCAUCGGCGUGCUCGUCACGGUCCUCGUGCAGAGCUCCAGCACAUCCUCCUCCAUCGUGGUCAGCAUGGUGGCCUCCAAGCUGCUGACUGUGAAGGCGUCUGUCCCCAUCAUCAUGGGCGUCAACGUCGGCACGUCCAUCACCAGCACCCUGGUGUCCAUGGCCCAGUCGGGGGACCGAGACGAGUUCCGGAGGGCCUUUGGGGGCUCAGCUUUGCAUGGCAUCUUCAACUGGCUCACAGUGCUGGUCAUGCUGCCCCUGGAGAGCGCCUCGGCCGCGCUGGAGAGGCUCAGCGAGCUGACCCUGGGCUCUACCAGCCUGCAGCCGGGGACGCAAACCCCCGACAUCCUCAAGGUGCUGACACAGCCCCUCACACACCUCAUCGUGCAGCUGGACCCCGACGUGCUGGCGGCCAGCGCCAGCGGCAACGCCACCAACAGCAGCCUCAUUAAACGGUGGUGCGGGAGCAAGGAACCGGCUGCGGGGAACAGCAGCGACUGCGGAGACCUCUGCCCGGGGAACAGCAGCUCGGCCUCGCAGCUGAUACACUGCCACCACCUGUUUGCCAGCACGGAGCUCUCGGACCUGGCGGUGGGCUUCAUCCUGCUGGCCGCCUCGCUGCUGGUGCUCUGCUCCUGCCUGGUGCUCAUCGUCAAGCUGCUCAACUCCGUGCUGCAGGGCCGCGUGGCCGGGGUGGUGCGGGCGGUCAUCAACGCGGACUUCCCCGUCCCCUUCUGCUGGCUCCCCGGGUACCUGGCCAUCCUGGUGGGCGCCGGCCUCACCUUCGUGCUGCAGAGCAGCAGCGUCUUCACCGCCGCCAUCGUGCCGCUCAUGGGGGUCGGGGUGAUCAGCCUGGAGCGGGCAUACCCCCUCUUCCUGGGGUCCAACAUCGGCACCACCACCACGGCCCUGCUGGCCGCCUUGGCCAGCCCCUCGGACAUGCUGCUCAGUGCUGUCCAGGUGGCCCUCAUCCACUUCUACUUCAACCUGGCUGGCAUUCUGCUGUGGUAUGUGGUACCCGUGCUGCGGCUGCCCAUCCCACUGGCCAAGAGCUUCGGGAACCUGACCGCGCGCUACCGCUGGGUGGCUGUCGCCUACCUGCUGCUUAGCUUCCUGCUGCUGCCGCUGGCUGCCUUCGGGCUCUCCCUGGCAGGGGGCGUGGUGCUGGCUGCCGUCGGGGGGCCCCUGCUGGGCGUGCUGUUCCUCGUCGUGGCUGUCAACCUCUUGCAGCGGCACCGGCCGGGCUGGCUGCCCCGCCGCCUGCGGUCCUGGGCCUGGCUCCCUCGCUGGCUCCGCUCCCUGGAGCCCUGGGACCGCCUGGUGACCCGCUGCUGCCCCUGCCGGGCCUGCAGCUCCCCACUGGCCACCAGCAAAGAGGCUUACUGCUACGACAACCCCGAGGUCCUGGCGUCCCAGCCGCUGUGAGGGCUGGGCCG